AAUGUGGUUUGGGUGUCAUAGGUCGCAGGUAAUACCUCAGUGUCGCCUCCCAGGACACUUAGUUGAGGUGAGAGACUUUGAGCGAGAAACAGUGAACAGACUAUCAGUGAGUUUCAGAGAGGACUCUUGUGAAACGGGAGACUCAGCGGUGACCGUUUUUUCAAUUCUGUGUCCCGUGAAGUUAUUAACAAAGAAGCCACGAUGAAGCUGAAACUGCCAAACCCAGGACUGGAUGACCGGAUCCCCUCUCACGAGGACCUGGAGAGGAUGGAGAAAGAGGAGACCGAAGGGAGUGACCGGCCCAAAUGGGACAACAAAGCCCAGUACCUGCUCACCUGUGUCGGCUUCUGUGUGGGACUGGGCAACGUCUGGAGGUUCCCUUACCUGUGUCAGAGUCAUGGAGGAGGAGCGUUUAUGAUCCCAUUCCUUAUCCUGCUGGUUCUGGAAGGAAUCCCGCUGCUGCACCUGGAGUUCGCCAUCGGUCAGCGUCUAAGGAAAGGCAGCGUCGGAGUAUGGAGGUCAAUCAACCCCCAUCUGACUGGAAUCGGUGUUGCAUCCUUGCUUGUCUCCCUGUUGGUGGGUAUGUACUACAACACCAUCAUGGCCUGGAUCAUGUGGUAUCUCUUCAACUCCUUCCAAAACCCUCUGCCCUGGAGCCAGUGUCCUCUCAAUGCUAACAGGACAGGUGUGGUGGAGGAGUGCGCACGGAGCAGCACUGUUGACUACUUCUGGUACAGAGAGACCCUGAACACCUCGACAGCCAUCGAUGAGUCUGGGGGCCUGCAGUGGUGGAUUGUGCUGUCCCUGGUAGCUGCCUGGAGUUUGCUGUAUGUCUGCUGCAUCCGGGGGAUAGAGACUAGUGGAAAGGCUGUGUACGUCACGUCCACUCUGCCAUAUUUGGUCCUCACCAUCUUCCUCAUCAGAGGGCUGACUCUGAAGGGUUCUUUUGAGGGGAUCAAGUUCCUCUUCACGCCAGACGUGAAUGAGUUAAUGAAUCCAGCAACCUGGCUGGAUGCAGGGGCCCAGGUUUUCUACUCCUUCUCUUUGGCUUUUGGAGGUCUCAUCUCUUUCUCCAGUUACAACUCUGUUCACAACAACUGCGAGCAGGACGCUGUUCUCAUCUCCCUCAUCAAUGGCUGCACCUCGGUGUACGCGGCAACGGUGAUCUAUUCCAUCAUCGGCUUCAGAGCAAUGCAAAACUUCGACGACUGCAUCGGAGACAACGUCUUGCAGCUGUUGAACACCUUCAACUAUCCUGAAGACAGCAUCACAGGCAGCAACUACGAAGAGGUCCUGACCCACCUCAACCAAACACAGCCACUUGUCAUCGCAGGAUUGCCUUUACAGACCUGUGACAUGCAGGUUUUUCUCAGUCAGGGUGUAGAGGGAACUGGAUUGGCCUUCAUCGUAUUCACAGAGGCCAUCAUCAAGAUGCCUAUUUCCCCUCUCUGGGCGGUUCUCUUCUUCGUCAUGCUCUUCUGCCUCGGCCUCUCGACUAUGUUCGGCAACAUUGAGGGAGUGGUGGUCCCUCUGCAGGACCUCGGAGUGUUGCCUCGAUCAUGGCCCAAAGAAGUCUUCUGCGGUCUGACUUGCUUAGGUUCUCUUCUUCUUGGGCUAAUAUUCGCUCAGCGCUCUGGAAACUACUGGCUAGCCCUUUUUGACAGCUUUGCAGGCUCUAUACCCCUUCUGGUCAUUGGGCUCUGUGAAAUGGUCUCUGUUGUCUACAUCUACGGCAUAGAUAGGUUUAACAAGGACAUUGAGUUUAUGAUUGGCCACAAGCCCAACAUUUUCUGGCAGGUGACAUGGAGAUUCAUAAGCCCACUCAUUAUGGUCGUCAUCUUGGUGUUUUACGUUGUUACCCAAGUCACCCAGAGUCCCACCUACUUGGUCUGGGACGAGGCAGCGGAGAGUUUCCCAACCCUGGAGGCUCGUUCAUUUCCAUCCUGGAUCUACACCAUCAUCUUCAUUCUGGCUGGAAUCCCCUGUUUAAGCAUCCCUGGAGUUGCCCUCUACAAAUUCAUUCAGAGGAAAUGCUGCAAGCAAGAGGACUACAGUGACAAGACAGUGGACAGCAUCUCCGCAACUGUAGCAAUGAGCGAGAAAAUUAAGUUUUAAAUAGCUUCAAAGUAUUUAAAAACAAAGCAAAGAGAAAAUAGACCUGCUCUAUUUUUUGUACAUACAGUAAUACAUUUUGGGUUUCUUUUUUGUUGCCAUGUACAGUGAAAGAAGAGUAGAAUAGAGACUGAAUUUUCUGUAAAAUACUUGUUUUGUAAUUAAUUAUAUGUUAUUACUAUUGUAAUAUUAGUUGCCUGUUAUUGUGUCAUGAUUUGUACAUUUGACAUUUGGGGGAAAAUACUAAUUUGCUUGCUUUCUUAGCAUGGAGACUGGAAACAAAGGAAAGCAGCUAGCUUAGCUCUGUCUUAACAUCUCAGCUCAUCAUCUAUACGUGAAAAAAAUGAAGAGCAAAAAUCAUUAUUAGUAGUUGAGCAAAGCUAGAUCCAUGUUUCCAGUCUUUCUGCCCAAACCUGCUGCUAGCUGUAGCUAUUCAUAGCUACUUGUCAAAAUGAUCAUCGUUAUAAAAACCACUGCAUUAUGCCUAAUAUUUACAAUAUACAUAUGUCUUUGUUUUAACAUGUUGUAAAUUAUCUUCAAUGUCAGAGCUGAUUCUUGUAUACUUUGACCUCCUGUACCUUCUUUCUCUUAUAUUACACCACAUGCACUUAGCCUGCAAUAAAAGCCCCAAGUUACGACUUGUACAUUUUCUUCGCCCCAGCUCAGACUAAAGAACAGAAUCAUGUGGUUACUGUUAGGUAUAUGUGCUAUUAAAAUAAAUCAUGUGGAAUAUCA